CGACGCUUCUCCUUCCACUAGUAUAUUACCUUGGCUUGAAGCAUGAAGUGCAUGAAACUUGAACUUGAAUCCGCGCUCCGCCGCUCCCAAACACAAUCGUCCUGGUAGUAGAAGAGGCUUUGAAACCUUUUGUGACAGCUAACCCCGUAUUCAUAUUUCGGCGUAAACCGUACGGGGUAAAGAGCUGCUAAUCGAAUUGUUUUUGGAGUGUUUUCUAAUUUUACGAAUUGGAGAAAAUUGCAUUAAAAACUCGCAGCUACACAGAUAAUUACAAUGGCAGGAAUAAGGGUCUUAUUGGGUUAGCCUUCUCAGGCUCCAUUGGAAUGACUUUUCUUGUUUUGGCUUGUGCCUUGCCGCAGUAUAGCAACUGGUGGCCAUUUUUUAUGGUAGCGUUUUAUUUGUUGGCACCUCUUCCUGUGGUGGUUUCACGAAGAUAUGGAGAUGGCACAGGAAAUACAAACCCUUGUCGUGAGAUUGCCCUGUUCAUUACAGCAUGCAUUGUUGUGUCUGCCUUCAGUCUCCCCAUUGUUCUAGCCAGAGCUCCAGCAAUGACACCAGUGAUUGCGUGGGGUUCUGCAGGUUUAGUUAUCACGGCCAAUAUUGUCGUGUUUCUCACUAUCUUGGGAUUUUUCCUCGCUUUUGACAAUGACGACGUGGAUUAUAGCAUGUGGUGAGAAUUCUUUGCUAAAGGUGCCAACAAGUCCCUAUCUGUGUAAAUAGAGCAACUUUUGGUUUGGUUGUUUAAAAAUCUGAAUUUCUCGAAUUCGUCGAGCGGACACUUCUACUUCUUUUCAUUAUUCUCUAUUAUUUUCCCUACAAACCGUUUAUCUAUAAGCGCUUUCAUCCUUGUCUUCAUCACCUGGAAUUUGAAAAAAAAACAAAAAUUAUGAGUUUUUUUUCCCCUUUCUAAAAGAGAAUUUUUGUGUUGUGUAAUUGGUUAUCCAACGGAUCACGUGACACCUUGGUAACCAUCAUAUACAACUUCAAAUACAAAGCUACUGUUGUCUUUUCGGA